AGCGCGCGCUCGAUUUCCAGUCAGAAGAUCUCCCGGCGAGAGGGAAAGUGGAUUUUACCAAACAAGGUGAAAACACUACAAAACAAUGUGGAGAUCUCUCCUGCUUCUCAUCUGUCCUCUGCUGAUGUCUCUCUGCGGUGGCGUGUGUUUCGAGUGUCCUGAGAUCUGCAGAUGUUCUCAGAAGAGCAUCACCUGUAACAGCGCGACGGAAAACACGAAGAGCAGAACUCACAGACUAGUUUUGAAAUACAUCUCUCUGAGAACCAUCAGCAGUCGCAGUUUCGACCACCUGAAAGGAGUAAAAUCAAUAGAAAUUUCCCAGAGCAUAUCAUUGGAAACCAUAGAGACAGAAGCAUUCAACAGCCUUCUGAAUGUCUCAGAAAUCUCAAUCCAGAACACGCGGAGUCUCAUUCACAUCCACCAGCGGGCUUUCUACCAGCUUCCCAAGCUGAGAUACCUGAGCAUUUCCAACACUGGCAUAAGUGUAUUCCCUGACCUGACCUCCAUCUUCUCCAUGGAGCCCUAUUUCAUACUGGAUAUUUGUGAUAACCUCAACCUGCGUUCAGUCCCACCAAAUGCUUUCAGCGGAAUGACGAGUGAAUUCACCGCAAUGAAUCUCUUUAACAAUGGAUUUCAAGAAAUAGAAAGCCAUGCAUUUAAUGGAACUAUAAUAGAUAAACUAGUAUUAAAGAACAACAAAGAUCUGCGUUUAAUCCAUGAAGACGCUUUUAAAAAAGCAUUUGGCCCCACUACGCUGGAUGUUUCGUCUACAGCGUUGGAGACACUGCCCUCUCAUGGUCUGGAGUCUGUGUUGAUGCUGGUGGCUCGUUCGGCGUUCGCACUGAAGAGACUGCCUCCACUGAAGGGACUGAAGAGCCUGAGAGAUGCACAGCUCACGUAUCCCAGCCACUGCUGCGCUCUGCUCAGCUGGGACUCGCACAGGGAGGGUUCUGUUAUUGCUGCAUUGAGAAAUGGAUCAUCAAACUGUGAUGACAACAGCGAACUGGCUAAUCCAUCUGAGAUCGAUGCUUCUCUAAUGCUGGACGAUCCUCUUGCAUCCGACAUUGCUGGAUCCACAUCAGCUGAAGACACUUUUGGAAAUGGAAUAGAGUUCUAUUACCCAGAGCUGGACCUGUGUCAGCGUCGACCGGCCCUGCAGUGCAUCCCCGAGGCGGACGCGUUCAACCCCUGCGAGGACAUCGCCGGCUUCGGCUUCCUGCGAGUGGCCAUCUGGUUCAUCAACGUCCUUGCCAUCGCCGGCAACCUCACGGUGUUGCUCGUGAUCUUCACCAGCCGCUGCAAGCUGACCGUCCCGAGGUUCCUCAUGUGCCACCUGGCCUUCGCCGACCUCUGCAUCGGCCUGUAUCUCCUUAUGAUCGCGACCGUGGACCUCAGGACACGUGGACACUACAGUGAACACGCUAUUGAGUGGCAAACAGGAGUGGGAUGCGGCAUCGCCGGGUUUCUGUCAGUUUUCGGCGGCGAGUUGUCCGUCUACACGUUGUCUAGCAUUACCGUGGAGCGCUGGCACACGAUCACGCACGCUCUCCGACUGGAACGCCGUCUGGGAUUGAGCCACGCUUCUGCGAUUAUGACCGGCGGAUGGUUGCUCUGUCUAGCAUUGGCUCUGCUUCCCUUGAUAGGCGUCAGCAGCUACAACAAGGUCAGCAUGUGUUUGCCGAUGGACAUCGAGACUCCUUUAUCCCAAGCCUACGUUAUGCUCCUGCUGCUUUUCAACGUCAGCGCUUUCCUGGUGAUUUGCGGCUGCUACGUGUGCAUUUACACGGCCGUCCGUAACCCAGAGUUCCCGGGACGCGCCGCGGACGCCAAGAUCGCUAAGCGCAUGGCAGUGCUAAUCUUCACCGAUUUCCUCUGCAUGGCGCCCAUCUCGUUUUUCGCCAUUUCCGCGGCCUUCAAAGUCCCGCUCAUCACGGUGACCAACUCUAAGAUCCUCCUGGUGCUCUUCUACCCCAUCAACUCGUGUGCAAACCCGUUCCUCUAUGCCAUCUUCACCAGGGCCUUCAGGAAAGAUGCAUGUGUCCUGCUGAGCUCCAUGGGCUGCUGUGAGAGCAAGGCUAACUUGUAUCGAAUGAAGACGUAUUGCUCGGAGAACAUCAACCGAAGCAAAAGCAGCUCCGGCUCCAAUGCCAACUCCAAAGCCCCUCGCGCCGUCAUGUGGAUGUCCAGCUUCCCUCAUCUAACACCUCGACCGCAGGUGCAAAAGGUCUAAACGGACACAUUCAGACUCGGCUAAU